GACACGGACCAAUAGAAACAUACUGUUUUUUCUAAUAAAUUGGGCAUUUUUUUGAGAGGACAGCAAAAUAAAAAUGUUUGUACUUGUCGCUAUCUCAGUUUUGUUGGUUUCAAAUAGUAAUGGCAAUUCAAUUGGAAAGCGUGCAUUGAAUCAAAGCAAUGAAUGUUUGAAAGCGCAUAACAAAUUGAGAGCUAAACAUGAAAAGACACCGCGAUUGGUUCUGGAUAAAGUUCUUACAAAGAGUGCACAAGCAUAUGCAGAAUACUUAGCCUCCAACGACUUGUUUGAACACAGUGAUGGUAAAUAUGGGGAGAAUUUAUAUAUGACUAUGGGAGGUGAACCUCAAAAUGUUUGCGAUGAUGCAAGUAAUAGCUGGUACUCUGAAAUUGAAAAUUAUGACUAUGACAAGCCCGAUUAUGCUCAAGAAACGGGACAUUUCACCCAAUUGGUAUGGAGAGGAAGUAGGAAAGUUGGAUUUGGUAUUGCAACGAAAGGGGAAAAUACUGUUGUAGUUGCGCAAUACUUACCGGGAGGAAACAAGAUAGGAGAUUUUGAGAAAAAUGUUAUGCCCUUAAUUUAGUCUUCACUCUAUUUUAACGUUAAUUUGAUGAAAUUUUUGUACCAUUAAAAAAAGGAAUGAUAUAAUAAAACGUGUAGUGUAAUAAUGUGCAAAUGUAGCUACUGUACUUCAUCUUUUAACGUAUUAGAAUUAGAUUUUUUAGAAUGA